AUGACUUCCGCGCCCAACGACGAUAACCCUUAUGGCUGGUGGGAAGUACAACACUGCACGCCAAACUGCAAGUGGUGGCUAGCCAAGUAUCAGACUUGCGAAUUCGGUGUCAGUGCAGACGGACCGUUCGGAGAGUACAAGCUUGGUAUAACGAGAGUCGACAUUGCUGCAAUACUCGAUCUGAGCAUUGAGAAGUUUAGCUGGUACAAGAAGGUUGGCGCAAGUGGAGACAUGCAGUGUAAUAUCAUGAACGGAGCGGAUGAGCCGACCGGUGAGCAGCAUGGGAUGUCAUGGUCUAUAGCUCAUACAUAA